CAACGACGACGUUGCGUCGUCAACAGCGGCUCGACAACUUUGGAUUAGUCUUCGAGUGUUGAUCAUAGCGAACGCACCUGCGCGCGGAUCGUGCUUUUCAGUCUCCACAGUGCAAUUCUCUACAAAUUAAACCCAAAAAAUAAAUAAAUUUCAUGAAAAAGUGCCACAAUAAAACUAAAAAAACAGAAAAAAAACUCAAUAAACCAAAACUUGUUCACAUCAACUGGGAAUACGAGUAAUCUGGCCAAGUUAAAAUUCAACAGAGCCUCAGGCGCUCUAUAAAAUUGUUUUGCUGGUGAAGGUCUGACGGCAUGUGAGUAGCAAACCCGGCACUAGAAAUGCCCACGGAUAGCACAGGGAGCGAGGGAGGCGGAGGCGGAGGUGGAGGCGCCAUUCCCAUGCUGCGCGCCUCUCGCAUGGAUCAGUUUAUGUCGACGGUGGCAGCGGUGGCAGCUGCAGCAAGUGGUGGCUCCACUGGUGGUUCAGGUGGGGUCACCACUGCAGACGGAUCGUCAAGUGGCGGCGAUUCGCGUAAUUCAUCAGCUAGCAGGAUCUCGGCAGCAGCAGCUGCCUACGAAACCCAAUUGGCCUAUCAACAGCACUUGGCGGCCUCGGGGCUGCACGGGGGACCCCACGGACCGGGGGGAGGACCGCAUCAUCGGGAGAUUUCGGCAUUUGUGCCGGUGCUGCCCACGCGGCAAGCUCUCGAGGCAAAGGCGAGAGUUGGCAGCAACUCCAACUACGAGAUCAUUGCCAUGAUGGCGGACAAGCGGAAAGAGUUGGCGCUACGCGAAGCAGCGGCCGCUGCUGCCAUGCUGGGCAGAGCAGGUCCACCGGGUGGACCGCCACCGGGAGUGCUGUAUGCCCCGCCACCACCACCGCCAUAUCUUACCGGACCCGGCCCCUCGCCCACCGCCCCCGGCAGUUUUCCCUUUCCGCCCGGAGCGGCCACAGCGGCGGCUUUAUUCCCGCCCGGAUUGGGUCCGGGCAUGCACGCCGGCCUGGACAGACGCCUCCUGCGUGCACCUGGUCGUGCCUCAAGGCCCAAGAAGCAGUUCAUCUGCAAGUUCUGCAAUCGACAGUUCACCAAGUCGUACAAUCUGCUGAUUCACGAGCGAACACACACCGAUGAGCGACCCUAUUCCUGUGAUAUUUGCGGCAAGGCUUUUAGGCGACAGGAUCACUUGAGGGACCACAGAUAUAUACACUCGAAGGAGAAACCGUUCAAGUGCACGGAAUGCGGCAAAGGAUUCUGCCAAUCCCGAACUCUGGCCGUGCACAAGAUCCUGCACAUGGAGGAGUCACCACACAAGUGUCCCGUGUGCAGUCGCAGCUUUAACCAGCGCUCGAAUCUGAAGACCCAUCUGUUAACCCACACGGAUCACAAGCCCUACGAGUGCUCCUCCUGCGGCAAAGUCUUUCGGCGCAAUUGCGAUCUGAGGCGCCACGCUUUGACGCAUGCUGUCGGGGAGGUGAACAGUGCCGACUAUGUGGAUGUUGGGGAGGAGGACGAGGCACGUCAUCUCAGCGGGGAUGAGGAGGAUUCGUUGCUGGAGGUGGACUCGCCACGUCAGUCGCCUGUGCAUAAUCUUAGCGAGAAAUCGGAGAAGGACGAAGCGGAACGCAUGCGUCUCAAGAGAAAAGCAUCCGGCAGCAACAGUAACAACAACAGUAGUGUUAGCUACGAUCAGGAGGACAGCGAGGAGGAGUUCGAUGACUACGACGAGGAGGAGGAUCUCCAGGAAGCCGGAGGUGCCUUGGAUCUCGCUGAGGAUGAGGACUUGGAGGCGGAAACCGAAGAGGAAAAGGCCGAAGCUGCUUUGGUGGCACGUUUCAAGGCAGGACAGGCUUCAACCUCCAGCACAGCUGCCAAGCCCGAACGUCAGGGGGUGACCCACUGUCACCACGAGGGGGGAGAGACGUACACCAUGCGUCCCCAUGGCGAGCGUCCUCUGGAGGAGCCUCACCUCUCAGCAGUGGGAGCAACUGCAGCAGGCGUGCCUUCGUUUAUGCCCAGCUUACGCUAUGCACCACCCACUGCACCACCUGGACAGGCACCAGGACCAGCACCACCACCGUCGGCACCACAUCAUGCCCAUCACGCGCAUCUGUUGCCACCCGGCAAUGGAGAUCCCUAUUUGCCCAUGCUCCAUGUGCGCCGUGAUUUGCACCACAAAACGCUGAACCUGAGCAAAGCAGCUCUACCCACUCCACCCAGCAUUGUUACUAGCAGCAGCAGCAGCACCACCACCACCAUUGAACCAUCGAGGCCGCCAUCGCAACCACUGCAUUCGCCGCAUGAGGCGAUGCCCAGUUUCCUUGGAUCGAUUCCCGUACGGAAGAGAAUAUUGCCACCACCACCGCCUCUGGUGGAUCUGGUGGAUCAUCAGCGUUCCUUUCUGGAGAAUCAGAGCAUCUAUGCCCUGAACAUGUCGCGUCAUCCGCCCAGACAGCUGCUCUGCAAAUCGUCGGCAACGGAAACGGAAAAGGAAGCGGUUCCUGCACCGCCACCACCACCGCCAGUUGUGGCACCUGCGGCACCACCAGCAGCAGCGGCAGCACCACCACCACCUGCUCCUGCACCGCCGCGUCGCACCGGCUUUAGCAUUGAGGAUAUAAUGCGACGCUGAAGAUGGAUGUCCACAUUUUAGUACACUAAGAAUAGAUUGUUUUGCGGGCUCGAAUGCUGAGCCUGGAGUGGGUUUUUACAUGGAUUCCACAUUGGCAACACCUAGCCAACAGAUUUAUUGUUAGCCCGCAUGCUAUUUAGCCAUAAGUGCACUUUUAGUACAUUUUAGUACAAUGUCUGUCUAGGCAAGGCAAUAAAUAUAACUGUAGUUUCUAGAUUAGAAUUUUAGUACUUUGAUUAUAAAUUGAGAAACGCGUUAAAAGUGCCACAGUUUGUUUUGUUGCAUUUGAAGUGACGAGUGACGUUUAAUAUUAUGCUUUUAGUACAUUUAGUACAACUUAAGUCUUAGCUAUGUUAUAGAAUAUGUGCUUUUAGUACAUUUACUUUUAGUACAUUAAGUACACGCACAGAUAAAGACACCAUUUAGAUCAUCUUAGUUUUUAAUUCGAGAGUCUAUCCAUUAGUUUAGUCCAACACGAAGUGUUGUUGUUUCUUUAUUUUAGUAAUUAACAACAAAAUCAAAAUGAAAUACAGAAAAAUAACAUAAUAAAUAAAAAAAUCAAAUAGUUGUAUACAACUCUAAUUUAUGUUUAAUGCUUAAGAUAAUCUUGGAUCGUAAUGUAAACACGAAAUCGUAUCAAGAUUUUUGCUGAGGGAAAAAAAGGUUGAAAGUAAAAGUAGCUUAGAAAUACGGAAAAAAAAACUAUACACAACAACAACAACAACAAUAAUGUCCCACAUUCCAGUUACAUUUUAUAGGCUUAAUUUGUAGAUAAUCUUAAGCUUGAUAGUUGUAGGUAGAGUUUUAGUAUGUCCUUCAAGCAUUCCAUGGUCUUCCUUCAAUUUGAAAUGAUUUCUUUAGAUACAACAAUACACACAUAUA